AUGGAUGCGCGUCGAGUGCAGAUAUUCCACCGCCUGGAUAGCGAUAAUUCAGCUGUCUUUCUUUCCCCUCCAGUUUGGAAUCAACAUGAUGGCGCGCUUCAACUCAAAUUCUCCCACUUCAUCCAAGAUCCCCAGAGGUAUGUGGAGAAGGCUGGAGACGUUGCUUACAUAGUAUACAAGGAAUACAAUGUGGACCACCAGCGCAAGGCUGUGGAUGAACAGAUCAAGGCAAACGUCGCCCUCCCCCCGCCUGAGCCGUCUGAAUACCAUGUUCAGCUGGUCUUCAGGGACACAGUCUCGGCAAUGACGACAUUUCUCGACUCACUCCCAACAUUCCGCGCAGACUUCCCGGGAUUUGAUGAGAGCGAUCUAAUGCAUGGACCGUUCACUUGGUGGUUCCAUUGCAGGAAAUCAUAUGACUUGACCCUUAUCGGACCAUAUCAAGCUCGUUUGGUGUCUCAGCUCAUCAACACAAUCGAAGAAAUCUAUGGGGAGCUGUACGACAGGGUAAUCGACCAGUUCGCCGAGGGUAAGGUUUCUCAAUGGUCCUUGGAGUAUCUUGUGAGGCCUGGAACUGUACUGCUCCGCAGAGUUGGGCCUCUCACUCUUGGUUGUCUCGCCAUCGGUUGUACACUAUCCGUACAAGAGAAGGACAACACUGCCUCGCUCUCCGUCGAUACUCGAUCUAUCGUGUUCGACGGACUGUUCCGACGUAACUUCGAACGACACGUCAUCGAUAUUCCAAAUGACGGUGAAGUGGACAUUAAAAGCUUGAAGCUUUUUCCACUGGACUUCGCCGAGCCAGGGACGCGUGAGCGACUAUCGCGUCGCGGACGCACAUACUGGAAAUGCCGGCAGCAGAGAUUUGUGUCUUGCCAGGAACAGUCAGAUUCACAGGAAGGAGAACGAUUUAUGGUCGAUUUCGAGACAUACAAGGAACUCCAUCCCGAUAACUCGUACACAAAGACCAUCUUCCUACCUGGAAAAAAUUAUUACAAAGACUCAAGCUUACCCGAUAACGAUUGUGACCCAGAAGAACCAGACAUUUUCUUAUUCCCGGCCGUCAUUCCUGGAUUCGAUUUUCGUCGCAAGAAAUGGAAGGAGAUCGAGGUCGACAAGAUCCGUGACGUAGUCUGGAAUGAUGAAGCUUUCAGCCACCUGGUUGCCGACGAGGAUAUGAAGGAGCUGAUAGAAGCUCUAGUCAGCAAGCAAUUGGCCGCCGAGACUAGUACCGAUCUCAUCAAGAACAAAGGAAAUGGACUCAUCAUGCUUCUGCAUGGAUCGCCAGGGACAGGAAAGACCUUCACGGCCGAGUCUGUAGCGGAACUCGCACGGAAGCCGCUCUAUCCAGUCACGUGCGGAGAUAUCGGCACCGAGCCCGAAAAGGUGGAGAACUACUUGGAAUCCAUUUUCCAUCUUGGCAAGAAGUGGAACUGUGUCAUGCUUCUGGACGAAGCAGAGGUGUUCCUCGAGCAGCGCACGUUGCAGGAUCUCCACCGCAACGCUCUGGUAUCUGUGUUCCUACGCGCCCUCGAAUACUACGACGGCAUUCUGAUCCUGACUACGAAUCGGGUUGGCACGUUUGAUGAGGCGUUCAAGUCCCGCAUUCAAAUCUCCUUGCCAUACAAGAAGCUCGACAGGGCGCAACGGAAGCAGAUCUGGAGAAACUUUCUAGGGAGACUUCAAGGCCUCGGCCAACAUGGCACGAUCGAUUUCGACGACAUUGAAGCUCAUCUCGAUGAUCUCGCUGAUUAUUCUAUGAAUGGUCGGCAAAUUCGCAACGCCAUCACGACAGCGAGACAACUUGCAGAGUUCAGGAACAAGAAGAUGAACUUCGCAUCCCUCAAGAAGACCAUCGGGGUCUCGGAGAAAUUCGACAAGUACUUGGCGGAUGUGCGCGAGGGCGAUGUUCGCGAGCUUCUAGGAGAUGGAAAGGAAGGCCGGCACUCGGAUGACAUCAUUGCCAGAGAGAACGAGCUAAGAUGA